GAGAUGAGAACAAUUUUGAAACGAAGAAUGGAACCGAUGCUGAAGGCGAAGUGGAAGGGCCUGCGGGACACGUUCCGCGCCGAGCUGAAGAAGGACCAGGUGUACCGCAAGAGCAAGUUCCACCGGAACCGGCCGGUAUGGAUCCACUUCAAGAGCCUGCAGUUCCUCAAGGAGCAGAUGCUGCCGCGGCCGCCGAUCUGGGAGCGCAGCAUCCCGAAGACGGAGGACGAGCUGCAGCCGAGCGAGGGCGAGGGCGAGAACGGCGUGCCGACUUCCGGCUUCGACGGCGGCCUCGAUCCGCGGGACGCGAUCGCCGAUCAUCUGCUGUCGAUGGCCGGCGACGGCCGUCAUCAUCACCAUCACCACCAUCAUCAUCAUCAGCUCAAGCUGGACGGCGACGGCCGGCGCGGCACGGUCGACGUGAAACGCGAACCCGAGGAGAGCUUCGACAACCUCGAGUUCCAGAGCGUCACCGACAAUCUCGCGGACAACGAGAUGAUGCUGCAGAACAUCUCGCCGGAGCAGGUCCUGAUGAGCGACAGCGACGCCGGCGUCGGCCUGACCGGCGUCGAUCCCCUCGAGGCCGGCUGCCGCUUCGACGACAACUAUUACUUCCUGAUGAGCCUGCUGCCGCACAUCCGCACCCUGCCGGCCGACCGCAGGAUGCUGCUCAGGAUGCAGAUGCAGGAGCUCGUUUACAAGGAGGUCUACAAGAAGGACGCCGACGCCGAGCAGACGGCCAAGACUUAACUACCGUCGCCGUCGUCGUCGUGUUAAACCGGGACUCCCUGUUUUUUCGCUGUCGAAAACGAGAAAUCACGCGAAUUUUUCCGUUCGCGUCUAUGCGUCGAAGUAAAUUGGCUUUUUCUCGCCGUCAUUCGGUGUUCGUAAUUCAGGGUGACUGCGCACGGAGGAAGCGGGAGCCUCGAAGGAUUCGUAAGAUCGUUCCUAGAGAGAUAGAGUCCUCGUUUACGUGGAUAUGCAGAGUGCUUCAGAAAUAAGUGAUCAAAUUUUAAGAGAAACUCACAAUGAAGUCAAAACGACGUCAAUAUGAUAGCAAAAUGACCUAAAAAUCGUCAUUUUGAUUUUAUUGUGACUUAUUGCUGUUCUAUCUGAGAUCCUUGUGAGAGUAAGGAUCGAAAAAAAAGAAGCAGCAUUCCUAAAGUUUGGCCUGUUUCUGAAACGCUCUGUACAAAUGAAAAGUCCAUAUUCCUCGAAGAGCGACCGCAGAUCUUCAGAAGCUGGAACAUUUUGUGAUUUACUUAUUUUUUUCCCACGCAACGCCGCCGUCGAAAAUGGAAAUCAAAACUGUUGCAAUGCAAAUCCAUGUGUUAUUGUUAGACGCAUGUCUAAUGUCCAUUUCUACUAAUGCAAAUUGACUUUAACCUUGAUUUAAUUUACUUUUUAUCUUUUUUUAGUUCUAAGAAUUAGAAAAAUGACACAUUUAAUUGGAAGCUCUUUUCACAUAUGUUUCUUGCGUGUUACAUUACGCCAUUCAAUCGUGUUAAAUUAAAAGUUAAUACUUUAAAAAUAACACUUUGGAUUUGCAGUGUCAAUAAGUGACCUCUUCGCGUAUUCAUCGGAGUCUGGAGCCAGGUUGCGGGAUAAGGUCGCAUUCAAGGCUUUCGAAAAGAAAAUAAGAAGGGGAAGCGCUCCUCCGUUUCUUUCGGGCGAAAGACUUUUGUAAAAGAAUCGCUCCCGCCGCAAGUCCACGUCGGCACAAUGCGCGAGUGCGCCUGCAUAGGUCACCGGUGUACAUACAUAUAUAUAUAUACGCGCGAUUCGACGUGCAGUUCUAGGUAGGUCAUCAACCGGGUCGCCCCAGCGUUGAACGCUCGCGCUCAACGCGCGACUCCA